AUGGGAAACGAGAAUUGCAAUUUAUGGACGAGCAUAGGGAUUGGCGCCGUGACCAUCCUCGUGCACGCCACCCUCCUCAUCGUGUUCUACAUCAGCCUCAGGAAGCAGAUAGCUAACAAACCCAGCUGUGCCCGGAGCCGCAGCCAAAGCAGGAGAGCUGCUUGCAGCACUGCCCCGGCCCCGAGCAUGCCGGAAAAAAUAUCUUCUGUUCCCAGGGAAGAUGGGACAGUCAUCCCAGUACAGGCACCAAACUAUGCAGGGGACAGCGACACCUCCUCAGAUAGCUCGGACAGCUCAGACGGCCCCUGCCAGGGUACCCAGGGCCCCAAAAGUGUGAAUUACUCAACUCUGGUUUUUCCUCCCACUGGAGGCCACAACAAAAUGGUAGCCGAGGACUAUGAGAAUCUGCGGGAGGGCAGAGAUUAUAUCAACGUGGACCCCAAGAAACGGAAACAUGAUUUCUGGACUUUCACCAAUCCCGCCAUCUCUGAGUCUGUGGAAUACACAGAGGUAUCCAUAAAAACUUCUAAAAACUAG